UCCAUAUAUUUCCAAUUCCAGCCACCUGCAAGAUAUUUUGAGUUCCAGAUAUUCCCAAUUCAUGCGACCGGACAUGAGCAGCUGCGCAAACCUGCGCACAAAUUCCUCUAUACAGACCGGCAAAAGCUUGAAUAACCACCAUUAUUCGGCAAAUUUGUUGCUUUGUCUUGUUUUCGGUGAAUUGCUCUUUUUUUGUGAUUGUGUUUUGAAUUUUUAUUCACCAUUAAAAAUGGCUCGUCGUUAUGACACAAGAACCACAAUAUUUUCACCAGAAGGUAGAUUAUAUCAGGUUGAAUAUGCGAUGGAGGCGAUCAGUCAUGCAGGCACCUGCCUGGGCAUCCUGGCCAAUGAUGGCAUCCUGCUGGCAGCCGAGAAGCGCAACACCAACAAGCUGCUGGAUGAAGUGUUCUUCUCCGAGAAGAUCUACAAGUUGAACGAGGACAUGGUGUGCAGUGUGGCUGGCAUCACGUCCGACGCCAACGUGUUGACCAACGAGCUCAGGGUCAUUGCCCAGCAGUACAGACUGCAGUACGGAGAAUCCAUUCCGUGCGAACAACUCGUCUCCUGGCUGUGUGAUGUCAAGCAGGCUUACACUCAGUAUGGAGGCAAAAGGCCAUUUGGUGUGUCUAUCCUAUACAUGGGCUGGGAUAAGCAUUACGGAUAUCAGCUUUAUCAGUCUGACCCAAGUGGAAAUUAUGGAGGUUGGAAAGCAACUUGCAUAGGAAACAAUAGUGCUGCAGCGGUGUCUAGUUUGAAACAAGAAUACAAAGAAGGGGAAACCACUUUGAAAGAUGCCGAAGUACUUGCUAUAAAGGUUUUGAGCAAAACCCUUGAUAUGACAAAGCUGACUGCAGAAAAAGUUGAACUGGCCACUCUGACCAGGGAGAACAAGAAGACGGUGACGCGGAUCUUGCCGGCCGCCGAGGUGGAGGCACUCAUCGCUGACUACGAGAAGGCCGAAGCUGAGGCCGAAGCUGCCAAGAAGGAGAAGCAGGCUCAGAGCAAGAGUUGAACAUCCACCCAUCAAUAGAGUAUUAUCAUUUCUACUAUUUUUCAAUAAACAAUGUCAUUUGUUCACUUA